UUGAUUCUUGGCAUAGUGACAUUCAUUGAAGCUUCAACGAUAUUCAGUAAUGAUAUUACUACAUCCCUCAACAGGAAUAGUUUCCCACAAGGUUUUAUUUUUGGAACAGGAUCAGCUGCUUACCAGUAUGAAGGUGCAGCAACUGAAGAUGGAAGAGGACCAAGUAUAUGGGAUAUUUUCACUCAUAGUUAUCCAGGUAAAAUAAGGGACAGGAGUAACGGAGACACAGCCGUCGAUGAAUAUCAUCGUUAUAAGGAAGAUAUUGAGAUCAUGAAGGACAUGAACAUGGAUGCUUAUAGAUUCUCUAUCUCUUGGUCAAGAAUAUUGCCAAAGGGAAAGCUUAGUGGAGGAGUGAAUAAUGAAGGAAUAAACUAUUAUAACAACCUAAUCAAUGAGCUGUUAGCCAAAGGUCUUCAACCCUUUGUGACUAUUUUUCAUUGGGAUCUUCCUCAGGCCUUGGAAGACGAAUAUGGUGGCUUUUUAAGCCUUAAUAUUGUAAAUGAUUUUAAAGACUAUGCAGAGCUUUGCUUCAGGGAAUUUGGAGAUAGGGUAAAGUAUUGGGUUACAUUGAACGAGCCAUGGGUCUUUAGUAGGUUUGGCUAUGCUGAAGGGAACUUGGCACCUGGAAGAUGCUCUUCUUGGCAAAACCUAGAUUGCACUGGUGGAGAUUCUGCCACUGAACCAUAUAUAGUGUCUCACCAUCAAUUACUUGCUCAUGCAGUUGCAUUCAACAUUUAUAAGACUAAAUACCAGGCAUCUCAAAACGGAUUGAUAGGGAUAACCCUAGUGAGUAACUGGGUACUGCCACUCUCUGAUACAGAAUCGGAUCAUCAUGCUGCACAAAGAGCCCUUGAUUUCAUGCUUGGAUGGUAUAUGGAACCAUUGACAACUGGAUAUUACCCAAGUUCUAUGCGAUAUUUGGUGGGGAACAGGUUACCAAAGUUCUCUGAAAAUCAAAUGAAGUUACUAAGAGGGUCAUUUGAUUUUUUUGGAUUAAACUAUUACAGCUCUGCGUAUGCUGCUGAUGCACCUCAAUUAUGUGAAGCUAGACCUAGCUUCCUAACAGAUUCUUUAGUUAAUUUUUCAACUGUGCGUAAUGGAAUCCCUAUUGGUCCUCGGGCAGCUUCAGAAUGGUUAUAUGUUUACCCGAAAGGUAUUCGUGAAGUACUGCUCUAUAUCAAGUCAAAAUACAACAAUCCAUUAAUCUACAUCACAGAAAAUGGAAUGGAUGAGUUUAAUGAUCCAACUCUCUCGCUUGAACAAGCUCUUAGAGAUACAGAUAGAAUUGAUUACUACUAUCACCAUCUCUAUUAUCUGCAAAGUGCAAUCAAGGAUGGCGUGAAUGUGAAGGGAUAUUUUGCUUGGUCAUUGUUGGACAACUUCGAAUGGGCUGGAGGCUAUACCACAAGAUAUGGUAUUUACUUCGUGGAUUACAUAAAUGACCUUAAAAGAUAUCCAAAACUCUCGGCCAAGUGGUUUAAGAAUUUUCUUCAAUAUCAAACACUAACGCAUAAUGAUUCCCUCUCAAAGUAG